AAUUUCUUUUGGUGUUUUCCUUGUAGUCCUCAUUGUGAUAUCUUUUAAUGUAUAUUGAUACCAAAUUUGUGUCUCUAUGCAUAAAUAACUUGACUAAUUUCGAAUUUGUGGAUCCAACCUAUCAAUAUUUUAAUGUCUGGAUCAAGGAUAUUGUAAUUGUAGGUUCCAUGUGCUUUAUGUCUGGAUCUGUUGAAAUGGAAAAUGCCUACCUUCCAGAAAAUGAAGUAGGCGUAUGGCAGUGGUUAUUUGGCAAAACAAUAACUAGCAUUGUUCUUCGCAAUUCUGGAUCAAGUGAUGGAUUUGUUGGAAUUGCUGCACCUUAUUUUGCAAGAAUUCUCCCGAUUGAUUUGGCAAUGUUCAAUGGAGAGAUUUUGUGUCAGCCAGAUGCGUUUCUUUGCUCUGUCAAUGAUGUGAAGGUUAGCAACAUGGUUGAUCAGAGGGGAAGAAAUAUUGUUGCCAGUGCUGAGGUGAGAUAA